AGUAACGACCAGGCAACUUUUCCACGAUGUCUCUUUCCUCCUAUAUAAUUCUCUUCGGAUUAGCCAUCUUUGGAAUUCAUUUCUGGCUGCAAACUAAAAGUUAUAUUUUCCAGCAUGAAGAAGUUUCGCGGAUAGCCAAACGCCAUGCAGGGAACGACAAAAACAUUCGUGCAAUGUUCACAAAGAUAGCUCUAGACCUUGAAAAAAAGUACCCAGGUCACAUCCUACCUGAAGAGUCAAGACAGUGGCAGUUUGUGAAUGCUGGAGGCUGGAUGGGAUCGAUGUAUUUACUGCAUGCAUCUCUGACCGAAUACGUACUAUUCUUUGGUACAGCUGUUGACACACAGGGACAUUCAGGACUCUACUGGGCAAACAUUUCUGACACGGUACUAGCUGGCUCCCUACGUCAGUGGAAGGAUGGUACCCUUGAAAGUCAGGUUUAUGGUGCAGGAGACCUUGUGCUUCAUGGCUGGGGUGAGGUUGCUGCUGUGCAAUUUUCGGCUGGAACAUGGAUGGUGGAAUAUGGUCGUGGCUUUGUUCCUUCCACUCUUGGGUUUGCACUGUGGGAUUCCAUCUUUAGUACACUGGACUUUGUUUCAGCUUCAAAACUGAUUGCAGUUUAUGCAAAAGCCCUGGUUCGUGAAACUGCAUUUCAAGUACAGGAGAUGAUUGAGACACUCAAAAAAAACAUGAAGUCGUAAUUUUUUUUAUGGAGAAUUGGGACUUAUUUAAUGAUUAUUAAUCUAAUGAUGUGAAAAAUUUACUUGCUGAAGAUGUCAUGAAUGAAUCUUGGAUAUUUGAAACAGACCAGCAUGCAUGAAAUUUACUUUGUUUCGCAUCUUGCUAUGCACAUAGGCCGUGAGCAGACGUCCCUCUUCUUCGGCGAAGUCCUUUACGCGAGCCAAAAAAACAAAAAAAGCAAAAAAUACAGCGAAAAAAAAUUGACCAUAAAGGGUCACAAGAGCUUUGGGAGUGUUGCGCUUGGAAAUUUGAGCUCCUGCGCCGCAUCAACAUCAAUUUUGUGGUUGUUGAUUUUUUUUUUGGACUCGUGCGACAGACUUCACCGAAAAGAAGGGACUGCUCAAUCUCUUAUUGAACAAUACUUUUAAGAAAUAUCCACACUUAAAAAUAACAUCAACCAUUCGAAAAACGAAGCAAAAAACGUACGAAUUUCUUGCAUUUACGAGAUAACCUUGCUUGAAUUACAAAAACUUACGAGCAGAAAAUUGCGCAGCUUUGAGUAGAAAAUUAUUAAAACUGUACGAUUUCAAGACAAAAAGUUCUAUUAAACAACACUUUUGGGACAUGUCAA